CACUGUCAGACUGUCACGAUUGUCUGUCAGUUUUAUUGUUUUAUUCAUUAUUUAUUUUUUAUUUGAAUAUUUGGGGUUUUUAAUAUUUGAGGGUUUAAAAUUGAAGAAAUGUUAAAAUCUUAUAAAAAGUAUGCAAUUUACUGAGCUUUGUAACUUGUAACUUCAGGACUUUUCCAAUAUGUACAAUGAGGCGGACGCCUUGGCCGAACUCUCUGAUAUUCCUCCCGAUCCCCCUCUAAUGCGCAGUAUCUGCAGUCAGUGCGAAAGACCUACCUCAGUUUGCUACUGUACAUCGAUUCCUAACCCACGUUUGUGCCCGAGCAGCAGAAUAAUCUUGUUACAACAUCCUGCAGAAGAGAAAAGAUGCUUACGGACUGCCCCCAUGUUGCAGUUAGGCUUAGAUAGAGGAAAAUGCUUAACUUUCAGAGGAAAAUACUUUCCUGGCAGACACACUGAACUUAUUGACAUUUUGAAUUCAGAUAAUACUUUGCUGUUAUACCCCAGUACAUCUGCAGUUGAAAUAACUGCAGUGCGUGAAAAUUGUGAUAAAAGUCCGUAUAAUAUAGUUAUAAUAGAUGGUACAUGGCCUCAAGCAAAAGCAAUAUAUGUUGGCAGCCCAAUUUUACAUAAGUUAAAGCAAGUAAAACUACUUAUAAGUGCUAUAAGUAAUUACAUAAUUAGGACACAACCAAGUGAUGGAUGUUUGAGUACAUUAGAAACUGCAGCAUAUGCUCUAGCAGCCUUAGAAGGAGAUAAUCUUUAUAAAGAAAAGUUAGUAGAGCCACUAAAGGUGAUGUGUGAGUUUCAGUUGAAAAAUGGAGCUGUCUCUCAUCAAAGCAAAGAGUUCAGAAUAAAGAAUAAUAGCUAUCCAAAAUUGAUAGGAAAAAGGUUGAAUAAGGUGCUAAGAGAAGCUGAAGUUAUGAAAUCUGAAUUAAGUUGACAUUGUUAUCUUAUGGAUUAACAUUUUUUAUUUUUAUUUUUAUUCUUGUUUAUGUAGGUAUUUCAUUACAAUUGAAUAAGAGACUUAUUAUGUUUGCAGAGCAAAUAUUAAAUAGAAUGUCUCAGUUUAGGUGUUUUUGCAUAACACCCGAAUCCAAGAAAAGUCUGAGUAGGACUUUAACCAAUUUUCUUUUCCUUCUAGAAUCAAAACAUUCACAAACUCUAUUAUUCUUCAGACCAACCCCCUUCAAGUUAGUGACAUCGGUAGACCUAGUAGGGCCAUGGACAAAAAUAUUCUCAACCCCUAUGUCAUCACAAAAUUGACUGUGACCAUUGAAAAGGAAAAAACUACUAUACAUUUAUAUUGGGCCCCUCCUGCAAAAUGUACAUAUAUACAUUCUAUUGUUUAUGAACAAAAAGUUCAACAACUGCCUACAGUUCUUUUCAUGGUGCUUGCCGGUUACAGCACAAUGCAAUACAAAAUAAAUAAACGGAUUGAGUAAUUGUACCAUUUGCAGAGCUUAACUUCCCUAACGAAAUUGCAUACUUGCUCAAGUCGAUCGCAGUUGUUACUCGCUCUUGCACAGGCACACGAAUUGGGUGACCUUGCUUUCAUUCAAUUUUCAAAAAUACUUAGUUAUUGAAUGCGGACUGUGGACAUUGCAGUUGUAUCCAGUUGCAUAGCUACCUUGGAUGGCACCCAGUGUGGAAGUUGGUAGUGUCACUCCAUCAAAAGUCAAAAGUAAUACAUUUUAUAUGAUUUAUAAACGUCAU